GGAGCAGGGUUGAGCAACCUGGGCAACACGUGUUUCAUGAACUCCGUCCUGCAAUGCCUCACGUACACGCCGCCCCUCGCCAACUACCUCUCGCAGUCGCCGCACUCCGCCACCUGCAGGGUGGCGGGGUGGUGUGCGCUGUGUGAGAUGGAGACGCAUGUGCCGAGGGCAGUGGGGGCCACGGGCAAGGUGGUCUCGCCCACAGGCUUCGUGCGCAACGUCAAAAGUGUGGCGCGGUCGUUCAAGGCGGGCAGGCAGGAGGACGCACACGAGUACAUGCGCUGCCUGUUAGACGCGCUCCACCGAUGCUGCCUCCCGCCCAAACGAGCCUCCGCCUCAGGCUCGGGCGCCGAUCCUGCCUUUGCGCCGAGGCUGAUGAACACAUUCGUGCACCGGACGUUCGGGGGGUACCUGUGCAGCCAGGUGCAGUGCACCGUGUGCGGGUACUGCUCCCGAACCUACGACCCGUUCCUGGACCUCAGCCUCGAGAUUGUCCGAGCCGACUCGGUGACCAAGGCUCUGCAUCGGUUUACGUCUGAAGAGGCUUUGGAUGGGGCAAACAAGUACAAGUGCAGCAAGUGCAGGAAGAAGGUGCGCGCGCUCAAGAGCUUCGCCGUGGAGGAGGCACCCCCCGUGCUGACAGUGCACCUGAAGCGCUUCGCUGCGCUCACAGGGCGCAAGCUGGACAAGCACGUGGCCUUCCCGCCCUCCCUCGACCUCUCGCCCUUCAUGAACUCCUCCCGCUCCUCCACCAGCAGCAGCAGUGGCGGCAGCAGCAGGGGAGAUGGAGGUGGGGGUGGGGGUAGGGGUGGGAAGUACAGUCUGUACGGGGUGUUGGUGCAUGCGGGGUGGUCCACCAACUCGGGGCACUAUUACUGCUACGUGCGAGGGCCGUCUGGCACGUGGAGUGCCAUGGAUGAUGCGAGGGUGCAGCAGGUGAGUGAGAAGACCGUGCUGCAGCAGCGUGCCUACCUCCUCUUCUAUGUCCGCCAACCCCCCCCGCCUGCUGCUGCUGCUGCUGCUGCUGCUGCUUCUUCUUCUGCUGGUGCUGCUGCUGUUUCUCCUUCUGCUACUGCUCGUGGUGCUCAAACCUCUGCUGCUACGGCGCCUGCUGCAGCGGCUGGUGGUGAAGCGGAUUUGAAAAAGAAGGGCAAGGCAGCAGCACCGCAUGUGGACGCGUUCAUGCACGUACAGGCACAGGGUGAGGCGCAGGAAAAGGAACAAGCACAGGCACAGGCACAAGGAGUGACACAGGAGCGGUUGCAGGAAAGCGCAGGCAGAAAAGCGGGCAAGGACAGGGCGGGAGCAGCAGUGGGUGAGGGUACAAAAGCGGGCAGUAGCGUUGCACGUGAGGCCAAGGCGAGCGCAGGUGUGAAGGGUGAAGGAAGGGAGGUAGUGAUGAUGGAUGCGAGUGGAGGGCAAGGGGCGGUGGAGGCUUUGGUGGAGGGGGAGAAGUGGGGCGAGAGGGAGGGGCAGGCUGUGUUGGCAGAGGCGUCAAGUGAUGAGGAGAGCAGCGAGGAAGGGGAGGAGCAAGGCGAGGAGGACGGGGAGGUGGAUGGGGAGGGAGUGGCUGAGAGGGCGGCAGCAGGUGGUGAUUCUGAUGAUGAGAGUGACGACCCAGAUUGGACGUUGGGUGCUGAGGGCGGAGAGGAUGCGGCCAACGAUGCUGAGGGCAGAGAGGAUGCGGCCAACGAUGCUGAGGGCAGUGCAGGUCAUUUGAGGGGGUCAUCGUGGGCGACAGCAGUGGGGCAGAUGUUACGACUGCUGCCGGGCUCCACCAGGGAGUCAAGAGGAAGCCUGAGGAGCCGAAGCAGCCCUGGACGUGGCAGCAGGUCGGGAGGGAGCUUCGGCAGCAGCGGGUGGGGCAGGAGCAGCAGCAGCCUGGGCAGCACUGUGGGGAGCAGCAGGGAGAGGAUGCUGAGGCUCAUGUCUCCCCUCGUGCCGCUGCCUUUCUAUGGGGGAAGGGGCGAGGCUGGGCGUGUGGUCAGGGAGAGGGGACGGCGGGAGGAGCUGGUUUUUCCGUUGGGGGGGGGGCGGGGGCGGAAGAGGAGGAGAGGGGGUAUGGAGGGGUGGGGCCGUGGUGUGGGCUGGGAGGGGAGUGGAGGGAUGGGGGUGGGAGUGGAAGAGGAGGGAGGAGGGGUGAGGAAGGAAAGGGAGAGAGGAGGGAUGGGGGUGGAGGAGGAGAAGGUGGAGAGAGGAAGGAGGGUGGGCAGGGGAGAGGAGGCGAGGGUGGUGGAGGGAGGAGAGGGGAAGGAGGAGGUGAGGAGAAAGCGACAAGAGAGGGAUGCGCUACAAGUGAUGGACGGGAUAGGAAUGGAGGAGGGGGAGGUGGAUUCAGAGGAGGAGGAGGAAGGGGAGGCGAUGAUGAUGGCAGGGCCGGGGAUAGUGGUUCCGAGGGUGGGGUCGUCAGAAGAAGAUGACUCAGAGGGGUGGAGCAGUGGGAACGAGAGUGAGGAUGAGGGCGCGGGGGAGAAAGAGAGAGGGAAGGACGAGGGAGAACAGGAGGAGGAGGAGAGUGAGGGAGGGAAUGGGCAGGGGAAUGGGCAGGGAAAUGGGCAGGGGAGCGGGCAGGGGAAUGGGCAGGGGAGCGGGCAGGGAAAUGGUGAUGGCAGCAUGAGCAGGGUGAUGACGUAUGGGGGGUCGGAUGCGGUGUGGAUGAUGAGGGAGGGCGCACAGGAGGCGACUGUUGGGGCAGGCGGGCUGGCGGGCUCCCAGUGGGGCGACGAUGAAGGCAUGGCGAUGAUCGGCGCUCACCUUCUUGUGGCUGAGAGGCGAGCCGCCAGCAAGUACCGAUACGAUGAGUGGGACGAGGAGCUGGACAGGGGGCGCGUGAAGAAGGUGAAGCGCAGAGCAGAUGGUGACGCACCCGACCCCAUGGCCGCCCCCAACCCCUUCCAGGCCCUUGCUACUGCGCCUGCUGGCCUGAUUCUUCGCCACUUCGCGGAAUUUGAAAGUCGCGCGCGCACCAAAAGCUUCGAUAAAAAUAGUACUGCCCCUGCUCCUGCUGCUGCUGCUGCUGCUGCUGCUGCCACAUCCGCUGGGGCGACGGCGACUCUACAGCAGGAUGUGUUUUUCGAGACGUCUCAAAAGAUGCUCCAGCAGGAGCAGGAGGUGCCGCGGCAGCAGCAGCAGAAGGCGCGGGCGUGCGGGCUGGGCAUCGUGCCGUUCCUGGAGGGAAAGCACGUGCUCAUCACGGGCGCGACGGGCUUCAUCGGGAAAGUGUUGGUGGAGAAGAUCCUGCGCGAGCAGCCGGGGGUGGGGCAGCUGUAUUUGCUCAUCCAACCCACGGCCCGCGCCACCGCAGCGCAGCGCCUCAAGCAACAGGUCCUACCCUCGCCCGUGUUCUCGCUGCUGCGGGAGCGGCAUGGGGAGGGCUACGAGGCGUUCAUGGCGGGCAAGCUCACGGCCGUGCAGGGCAACGUGGGGGAGGACGGGCUUGGACUGGCUGCCCACGCCGCUGCUGCUUUGGAGGAGUCUGUGGAUCUGAUCUUUAACUUCGCCGCCACCGUUGACUUUGAAGCCCCGUAUGACGUGGCACUCAACAUCAACACCCUGGGCCCGCGGCGGUUGCUAGCCUUCGCCAAGAAGUGCACGCAGCUUGAGCUGCUGGUGCAUGUGUCCACUGUGCUUCUCAAACGGUCGCCGUCUCUUGCUUGCACCUGCACCCCUUUUCCCUUCUUCAGCUCGCUGAGUAUUGUGGCGCGCACCUUUGGGUGGCAGGACGCGUAUGCACUGUGCAAGGCAAUGGGGAAGAUGGCGCUGGUGGAGCAGCAGGAGCGGGCGGAAGGGGAGGGGGAGGAGGUGGGGGGGUGGGCUGGGGGAGAAGCGCGUGUGCCGGUGGUGGUUGUGCGGCCCAGCAUAGUGGAGAGUGCACUGUACGAGCCCAUGCCUGGAUGGAUAGAAGGCUUUCGAGUGGCGGACCCCGUGCUGAUGGCGUUUGCCAAGGGGGACAUACCCGGCUUCCACGCUCCGCCGGACGGCAUCUGUGACAUUGUGAGUCAGAGCACGGCAUCUGUGACAUUAUCAGUUGCAUUGUUUCCCUGUCUUACACUUGCUCUUCCGCUCUUGAUUCUCUAUUUUCUCUCUGAUGUGCUUAUGAACCACGUGCCACAUGUGUGGGCUCUUGGCAGCAGCAAGCAAACCCUCUCUACUGGUACUUUCUGUUUGUCCCAACUGUCUCCCGCAUGCAGAUCCCAGUGGACCUACUAG